AUGGAACUGCGACUGGAAAGCCUGGGCCUCAAUUCUAACCCGGGUCCGGGAGUCGAGAGACACAACUGUGGCCUCGCCUCGUUGAUCCGAGGAGGCCGGUCCGCGGCGAGAGAUCGCGGGAUUUCCGUAGGCAUUUUCUGUGAUCCCCACUCCCGAAUUCCACUCAGAUCAACGCGGCGGGCCAGCGUGGAUUCGGCCGCUCUCCGAAAUCUUCACAAUGUCUUGGGGCCGCUCUCCGACCCGGAGUAG